AUGGUGGUCUGGAAUAACAGUAAUGUUAUGGAACCCAUCUUCCUCUUACGUGGUUUCCAUGGACUAAAGUCUGCUCAUGCUUGGCUCUCAAUUCCAUUCUGUCUUGCAUACCUGGUGGCAUUUAUAGGCAACAUCACCAUCCUCCCUGUUGUGUGGAGUGAGUCCUCACUCCACCAGCCCAUGUAUUAUUUGUUAUCCUUCUUGGCAACAACUGACCUGGGCAUGUCCAUGUCUACACUCCCUACGAUAUUAGCUGUGUUAUGGUGGGAAGCCCUGGAAAUUCAAAUAGCGGCUUGCUUUGCUCAGCUCUUCUUCAUCCACACAUUCACAUUCUUGGAGUCUUCAGUGCUGCAGGCCAUAGCUUUUGACCGCUUCGUGGCUAUCUAUCGUCCCUUGCACUAUUCAAGCAUCCUCACCAAUGAUGUCAUUGGAAAGAUAGGCCUAGGCUGCUUGAUACGAAGUGCAGGAGUAGUGAUGCCUACACCCCUAUUACUAAGGUGCUACCAUUACUGCCGUGCUAAUGUCCUCAGCCACCCUUUUUGCCUGCAUCAGGAUAUUCUUAAAUUAUCCUGCUCUGAUGCCUGUGUCAACAACAUCUAUGGGUUGUGUGUGGUCAUUAUCACAUUGGGCACAGACUCAGUUCUCAUCCUCCUCUCCUAUGUCCUAAUUCUCCAUGCUAUUCUUGGCAUUGCAUCUCAUGAAAAACGACUAAAGGCACUAAAUACUUGUUUAUCCCAUGUAUGUGUGGUACUUAUCAUCUUCGUCCCUCUAAUCGGUGUAUGCAUGGUCCAUCGCUUUGGGAAACACUUGCCUCCCACAGUCCAUAUUCUCAUGGUGGAUAUUUACCUGCUUCUCCCACCAGUACUUAACCCCAUUAUCUACAGUGUCAGGGCCAAGCAGAUUUGUCUAGGAAUUUUUCACAUGUUUAGGCAAAGAAAGAAGCUUUAG